GUCCCUGAAACAUCUCGCGGACUCUCGCUGAUCCGACUGGAAAAUAGCGGAAUAAAGUGUCGGGAUCGCUCGUUCUGACUCGUCUUUGUGUCACACUUCGUAGACUGGGUUUGUGUGUGAAGCUCCAGCGAGAGGCAGAUCCUGCAGCCUGCAGCCGCUCCAGUGACGGGCCUCGCUGACCUCUGCUCCUCAUUCUCAGAGUUUCACUGGGUGUUUCCUGGGAACUGAUACUGAGAAAUUCACUCACAGGGGUUUUCAUCUGUCUGAGCAGUGCUGUUAUGUCCGCAGCGGCUCAUGAGCGUGUUUGAAUUUUUGGAGAUGGACGGAAGAGACACGAGGAGCAAAUUACCCAGAGAUCCCAGUGUGGUGGGCGGAGUCUGUAUGGGGAAUGAAGACUCCUCCCCCUUUAGUAGCCAGGGGGAGGGGCCAGAUGACAAGCAGCUGGAGGACGCACUGUGUGAGCUGGGAGCGGGGGCGGAGCUUAACCUGGAGCUGGACUUGAGGGUGGAGCCUGAGGACGGCAUGGAUCUGCAGGGGGAGGAGCUAAGCUGGGAGACGAACGAGCCGGAAGAGCAGAGCAACACGAGCCGCAGUACUGCCACUCCUGAACCGACAGCAGCCUCCACAGAUCUCUCCAAAGCGUCGUCUCUGUCGGAACAGCUCCUGCAGGGCCGUGAGGAGGGUGCGGGGCUAAACAUGGAGUGUCGUAUCUGUGGCGACAGAGCAUCAGGAUUCCACUACGGCGUUCAUGCCUGUGAGGGAUGCAAGGGAUUUUUCCGGAGGACCAUACGUAUGAAGUUGGAAUAUGAACGCAGGACCCGCAGCUGUAAAAUCCAAAAGAAAAGUCGGAAUAAAUGUCAGUUCUGUCGUUUUCAGAAGUGUUUGUUGCUUGGGAUGUCCCAUGAUGCGAUCCGAUACGGGCGGAUGCCAGAGGCAGAGAAGCGUAAGCUCGUGGCGGGUCUGUUAGCAGGGGAAAAGAGCUCUCAGAACUCCAGCGAAUCAGAUCUAAAAUCUCUCGCCAAACGGGUCAACAACGCCUACCUGAAGAAUCUGAACAUGACCAAGAAGAAAGCUCGCAACAUCCUGACAGGGAAGACCAACGCAAACCCGCCGUUUGUCAUUCAUGACAUGGACUCGCUGUGGCAGGCGGAAAACGGGCUGGUCUGGAAUCAGGUGAUUAACGGAGCGCCGCCCAAUAAGGAGAUUGGCGUGCACGUGUUUUACCGCUGUCAGUGCACGACCGUGGAAACCGUACGAGAACUCACAGAGUUCUCCAAAAGCAUCCCGGGAUUCAUCGACCUUUUCUUGAAUGACCAGGUGACGCUGCUGAAAUACGGGGUCCACGAGGCAAUCUUCGCCAUGCUGCCGUCGCUCAUGAAUAAGGACGGGCUGCUGGUGGCGAAUGGGCGGGGCUUUGUGACGAGAGAGUUCCUGCGCAAAACACGACAAAAACCCUUCAACGAGAUCAUGGAGCCGAAGUUUGAGUUUGCGGUGAAGUUCAAUGCUCUCGAGCUGGACGACAGCGACCUGGCUCUGUUCGUGGCCGCCAUUAUCCUGUGUGGAGAUCGUCCAGGUCUCAUGAACGUCCAUCAGGUGGAGGAGAUCCAGGACAACAUCCUCCAGGCCCUCAACCAGCACCUGCAGCUCAAUCAUCCCGACGCCAGCUUCAUCUUCCCCAAACUGCUACAGAAGCUGGCCGACCUGCGGCAGCUGGUGACGGAGAACGCGCAGCUGGUGCAGAAGAUCAAGAAGACGGAGUCCGAGACGUCGCUGCACCCGCUGCUGCAGGAGAUCUACAGGGACAUGUACUGAGCCGAAGCAUUCCAGGCACGCUGACCAAUCACUGUGACCUUCAGCUCUCGGGCGAAGAUGAUGAAUCGGAUGAUUUGUUGCUGAUGAAAUCGGCGCAAACUGAACUCUAAACCGGACCGGGUCAACUGUGGCGGGGCGACGAGUUUAUGCGGAUCAAAGAGAAGUCAGCGAAACACAAUAUUGUGCUGUUAGUUUUGAAACAAUGGCUUCAAUAUCCGUCUUGAUUAUUUGCUGUAAAUGACUUCAAAUCAUAGCAGUGCAUUCUUAUUCAUGAUGGGGGUGACAAUACAGUGUUUUUUAAGGCUAUGUUUACACGACAAUGAUGUUGUCAAAAACGGAAAAGUUUUUCCAUUGCGUUUUUAAAAAGUUUCAGGUAUACACAACAACGUUUUCCAGACAAUCCGCGAAAACGGCCAAAAACGCUGUAUUACGUAUGCCAGCCCAGUAGUUGGCGCUGUCACCUUGUUAGUAAACAGUACCUUUAGGGAAGUGAUGAUUAUAUGAUUUAUAUGAUGCGUCUCCACUGUUGGUUGUAAUAUUGGUGAAGUAAAUCCACACUUUGCUGAAGAAGCGUUAGCAAACUCUUGAGCAGCAACAACAAAACCAUACUCCGCCAUUGUUGUGUAUAUUUGUUCGCACUUGCCUUUAAACUCGAUACGUACUGCUCAUCUACAUACCUAACAUGUACUAUGUACGUGCAUGACGUCACUUUUUUCAAAGAUUCCUGUAUUGAGUGUGUACACGGAAACGAUAACGGCGUUUUUAAAAACUUGCACUUUGAAACCCGUUUUCAAAAAUAUGCGUUUUCAUGCCGUUGUCGUGUAAACGAACAGGUAAAAUGCAUAAAAAGUUUCCCGUUUUUGGCUGAAAACGUUGUCGUGUAAAUGGCCAAUUAACCAGUAAGUCACCUGCGAAAUACGCGACAAAAGCUAUUUCGCCAUCUGAAGUUUAAUACCAAAGGUUGCUGCUAUUAGUCAUUUAUUAGCCAAUUUGUUUUCUCCAUUUUCAUUUGCUUGGGUCAUUCGCAAGCUAGCCUUUUGUUAUGCUGCCGAAAAAGGGCAAAAACACACUAUACAAAUACACUAACGCAUCAUACGAGUCCCAUUUAAACGUAUGUUUUUGUGUUCAUGUGGAGAUAACUGAAGGGCGUGUUAGAGUUUCCUUUGAAGGACUCUUAUUAAACAAGAUGUGUUGUUUUUCUACUAGCUACAUAUAAACAUGUCAACAGUUUAACUAACUUUGACUAACCUCCUUACCAAGAUUCUCUUCAAACUGUUGCUCUUGACAGCAGUUGAGCUGACUGUAAUGCUAAUGGUCCCUAUAGCGCCCCUUGUGGCAGCAUUGAGAAUGCAACAAGCUAUUGCAUUAUUUUCGUUGUGGAUCGAAUCAUUAUGAAACGCAUUACAUAAUAAAAUGAUGCUUUUAAUAAUGUUUAAUGCUUCCAGACAACUGUACAUCGCUUAUGAAAAAAAAUUAUGCUUAAACCAGCCUGUGAUGGUUGGCUGGUCUCACCUGGUUCAAGCUGGUCUUAUCUGGUCUUCCAGCCUCACCUGCCCAAAACCUCUUUAAAACCAGCUAGGAGGUUAAGACCAGUUUAUGUUGGUUUUUCUAGCAGGGAUCUUCCCCAAUCGCGAUUGCAACACCUGAACAACUGACACAAAGUCAUUACAACCCGCAAACCUCAAGCUUUCCAUUUUUAAUUGUUCUUCUUUGUUUGCAUUUCUGAGAAAUUAUAUUGUGAUCACAUUUAUAUAUAGUUCAGAUCAGUGAUUAAUUGAUAGUGAUAAUCUGACUCCAGAGUUUAUAUUAAUAUAAUUUAAUAAUGCUUGAUUAGUUAGUUUGAUGAAUCAGAGGCUGCGGUCGCAACACGAUGUCACCAAAUGAGCAUAUCAUUGUGUGAAGCUGUUCCUGUGUCAACCUUUGACCUUUUCCCAUUGCAGACCUCAGUCUGAUGUUGUUUCCUGUAUGUGUGUGUCAUGGCUGUGCUGCUAACUGGUUCCUGUAGACAUGACAUGCUGUGAAUCUGUGUGUUUUGAACGGAGACGAGUGCUGGUGAAAUGUGUCCAUGUGUUUCUGUCACAGUAAUAUGAAUGAUGUGAACAAGUUCCUACAUCUGAACUGAAGGACCAUUGAUGCUUUCUGAAGAACAUCUGAAUAAAACUACAGGGU